AUGGACGAGAAUAAAAAGGUGUUCUACAGCUACGUUGACAACAUGCACAAGAAAAACGAGGAGAUACACAAAAUAAUGGAAAUGAAGGAAAAAAUCAAAAAAGAGGAGCAAAAAAAAAUAGAGGAGUCCCAGAGAAUUAUCAAAAAUAACCAAGUUUCCAUAGACACCGUUGACGAUGCUCACAAAGCUAAGGAGUUAACUUGUGUAAAUUUAAAAAAGGAAAUAUCUAUCCAGAAAAGGAAGCUGGAAAAUUUGAAUACACUCUUAGGAGAAUUGCCCGAUGUUAUCCAGGGAGAGGAGGGAAAAUACUGCGAAUUUAAGAAGAAGUCCCGUAAGGAGAUAGGCGAACUGAUGAAGACCCUGGAGUCGCCACUUUACACCAGCAGCGCCGACGACGUUUGGGACAAGAUAAAGGAAUGUCAAUCGAACACCGAUCAACUAAAUAGUGCAAUAUAUGAGGCGCAUGGAGAAUUGGCACUGAUGAAAACGGAGUAUAAUAGUUCCAAGGAGAAAUUAAAAGACCUUGUCGAGGUAGAACGGAACAAAAAUAAGAAGUUAAAAAAGAUAUCAGCCACACUGCAAUUCAUUCAAAAUUUAAAAAAAGGCACAAAUGAAAGAACAAACGACGAAGGAGAAUUAAAAAAAAAGUUGGAAGAAAUAAAUGACUUGUACAGGUAA